AUGAGAUCCAUAUGGCCUGAAGUGUUUGUCUGCCCUUGGACAGGAAUGCAAAGAGACAGAUACGGAUUGGUUAGGCGAGUCGGUCACCCAUAUCAGAAUCGAACCCCGCCGAAACGUAAGAAGCCUAGAACAGCCUUUACUCGACAACAGGUCUUGGAGCUGGAGAAGCGGUUCACCCGGCAGAAGUACUUGGCGUCUGCGGAGCGGUCUGCUUUGGCCAAAACUCUCAGCAUGACUGACGCUCAGGUUAAGACAUGGUUCCAAAACAGGAGAACCAAGUGGAGGAGACAAACAGCGGAGGAAAGAGAUAUAGAGCGACAGGCUGCACACAAAUUUCUGCUGAGUCUACGGACCGACGAGCCUGCAAGACCAGUGGGCUACGGAGCUAUGUGUGGCAUUACACAAACAACUGCCCUCACACGGACUGACGACUCGUCCAUACCUGCUACGUGA